AUGGUCGACUCGGUGAUCCAGCUGAAAUGCGACCGCAACAACUACCCCUGGGGUAGGAAAGGCCACGAGCCACUAGCCGCCCGGCUGUGCGCGAAGUCAAAUCCCGACUUCCAGAUCGAUGACUCGAGAGAAUACGCUGAGAUGUGGAUGGGCACGUACCCCGAGCUGCCGUCCUACUCGCUCAGAACGGGCGAGGAUUUGCAGGAGAUAUUGAAAGAGUACAAGGAGAAACUGAUCGGCAAGGGAGUGUACGAGAAGUUCGGAUGUGAUCCGCCUUUCCUCCCCAAAAUCUUAUCCAUUGCGAAGGCGCUCCCACUACAGAUCCACCCUGACAAGAAUCUGCAUCAGGAACACCCAGACCAGUUCACGGAUCUCAACCACAAACCUGAGAUUGCAGUUGCUCUGUCCAGAUUCGAGGCCUUUGAGCUGAUGAAGUUGGAAAUUCUCCGCCCGUUCCUGCCGACCACUUCCGAGGGCUUGACGCUGAGUGAUGAUGAGACCCUGAGACAGAUUUGUACGAAUAUGCUCAAGGCGCAGGAGGACCUUGUCGCAAAGACGAUGAAGGGCCUGUUGGCAACGCCGCCGCAGCAAUUCGGGCAACAGGCGUAUGUGCUCGAAUUGGCCAAGAGAUUGCAGGAACAGUACGGCAAGCAGGACAAUGGAAACCUUGUGGCGUUGGUGUGUAUGAAUUUCUUGGUGUUGGAGGCAGGUUCGGCUAUAUAUAUUCCUGCAAAUGGCAUUCAUGCUUACCUCUCUGGCGACAUCGUCGAGUGCAUGGCGAGGUCGAACAAUGUCAUCAACACGGGAUUCUGUCCAAGAGCGGACCGCGACUCGGUCGAUCUGUUCGCCAACUCCCUGACCUUCCAGCAACAUGACCGAUCAGAACCCAUCCUCCACCGACAGACGAGCGGCAAGAGUCAGAAUGGCAAGACGGACAAAUUCAAGCCACCGAUGAGCGAAUUCAAUAUGCUUUGUCACUGA